AUGUUGAUGUCCGCCUACCUGGCACUGCGUCGUCUGUUCUGCGAGGGAACAAAGUCGGAGAGCGCGACGACGGACGAAUCUCCGCCGCUCGUCUACGCUCAUCUGCUGACGUGGAGCGCCAACUUUGGAAAUCUGAUGCAAAACAGUCACGGCCAAAAAUAUUUCGCCGAGUUCCUGAAAAGCGAGUACUCGGACGAGAACAUUCUGUUCUGGCAGGCGUGCGAGGAGCUGAAACGCGAACGAAAUCCCGAGAAGCUCGAGGAGAAGGCGCGCAUCAUCUACGAGGACUUUAUCAGCAUUCUGUCGCCGAAAGAGGUGUCGUUGGACUCGAGAGUUCGCGAGAAAGUCAAUGAGAACAUGGCGAGACCGUCGGCGAGCACGUUCAACGAGGCGCAGAGCGUCAUCUACAAUCUGAUGGCCCGUGACAGCUAUCCGAGAUACAUUAGCUCGCCCGCGUUUAGGGAAUUGAUGCGAGAAAAGGGCGGCAUUAUUGUGACUAACGUUGGUCCGUUCUCUUAUUUUUCUAAUUUCGAUAUUGUCGGUUUUGUUGCAGAGCACUGAUUUUUCCUGGACCUCCGAUCUUCCGACCUUCCGACCCCGAUCCUUAAGGUGAGUAGGAGCAUUGUAGCGCAUUCAGCUAUGGUCCACUUCCAAGCGUUACAGCAGGCCGGGGAGUGGUUCUAGAAAAAAGUUGUCAAGAACAAAAAUAAAGUACAAGACACGGAGCACAUUUUUGUAGUUGAACACUUUUUCGUAAAACAAAUUCUACGGGUAGUAUUAGAUGCCAAGAUUUUAGAGAAACAAUUUUGGGAAGCCGACAAUAUCGAUUCAAACUUUUUCAGCCGAGCGCUUGACUCUCUUCAAUUCCAUCAACUCAAUUCAAGUGAUCAGCUUCAUUUUUCAGGUAAAAUGAGUCUGAAAAUCACAGAAAAACCCUUUUUUUCAGUUUUUUCAUCAGCUGGCUCUCAACUGCUCCAUCUGACUCGUUCCAGCUCCAUCACGCAUAAUAUUCUCUCAUCUAUUUUGUCACAUACCUACAAUAUAACAAUACAAUAUCGAUAG